CGGCCGGGGAGCGAGUGGGGGCGGCUGCGGCCCGGGAGUGGGGCCAUGGAGAAGCUGCGGCGGGUCCUGAGCGGCCAGGACGACGAGGAGCAGGGCCUGACCGCGCAGGUCCUGGACGCCACAUCGCUGAGCUUCAACACCAGGUUGAAGUGGUUUGCCAUCUGCUUCGUGAGUGGCAUCUUCUUCUCUGUCCUCGGGACUGGAUUGCUGUGGCUUCCUGGGGGCAUGAAGCUCUUCGCGGUGUUCUACACCUUUGGAAAUAUUGCCGCAUUAGCCAGCACGUGCUUUUUGAUGGGACCCUUGAAGCAGCUGAAGAAGAUGUUUGAAACCACAAGAUUGCUCGCCACAGUCAUUAUGAUUUUGUGUUUCGUGUUCACCCUGUGUGCUGCUCUCUGGUGGCACAAGAAGGGGCUGGCUGUAUUGUUCUGCAUCCUGCAGUUCAUGUCCAUGACCUGGUACAGUCUGUCGUACAUCCCGUAUGCAAGGGAUGCCGUCAUGAAGUGCUGUUCUUCUGUCCUGAGUUGAAAUCAGAAACUCUUCAGACGGAGCCUUUGAAGUUGCUGUUCUGUUUUGGGUGACGUGUUUCCCUGGCACGGUGGUCUCUCCCGACCACGGCCGCGAGUUCGGGACACGCUGUGUACUGGGGAAACCUGUGCUUGAGUCAGCUGUUGGACACUUGUCCCGUUAGGUUCUGUGUCGUUAAUACAUCUUCCACACCGAGGAGGUUUUGAUCAUUGCCAAUUGUGAAUGACUUUUAGCCAGUUUUUUAAUCUUUUCUAAACAGCAUUUGAGAUGUGAAUAUUUAAGGAUAAGUCUAUGUUGCACGAUAUAGUCAACUUUUUUGACUCUUCUAAAAUGUCUAGAUUUUAAAAAUACUUUUUAAAAAAAAACUUGAAAUGUGAAAGUUUUUACUUU